AUGGACGGCGGCGCGUUGAAUAAAGCCGGAGCCAUGGCGGCAAUCGCGGAGAGCGAAGUGUUCGAGUCGGGGGACGAGGACGAGGAGAACCGACUGCUCUGGCAGAUCAUGAUAAUUGAGGAAGCGGCGCGAGAGGCGGCGGCGCAGCAGCGUGCGGAAGCGGCAAACACAGCGGAAGCCACGGUGGAACCGAGAGAAACGAAAGUCGUGGCGGCGGAGACCGCGGCACAGACCGCUGCGGAGGAGUGCACGGGGAAGAGCGCGGCGGUGGAGAGCGCGGUGGCGGAGGGUGCGGAUGUGGAGAGCGCGGUGGCGGAGGGUGCGGAGGUGGACGGCGCGGAGGCGGAGGGCGCGGAGGCGGAGAGCAAGGAGGCGGAGGGGGAAAAGGCGGAGAGCGUUGAGGCGGAGGGCGCGGCGGCGGAGAGUGCGGCAACCAUCACCACUACCACCACCACCAUUGCUAGCGACACCGACGCCACUGCCAUCGCCGCUGCUCCGAACGCUGAAACUGUUGAAAUUGCUGAAAGCCGGAACGCGCCAAGCAGCAGCAGCAGUGGCGGCGGCGCCAUCGGCAGCAUCCGCAAGAGCACGAGCACGGGCGGGCUCUUCUCCCUCGAUUCCGCAACCGGCACAACUCCUAGCAGCGGCACCGUGACGCCCAUCAGCACCAGUGCUGGCGCUGCUACGCACAAAGGUGUAGCGCGCGCGGCGAGCAGUGGCGGAACCAUAAGCAAAAGCACGAGUACCGGCGCCCUCUCCUCCCUCAUCUCCGCGCGCUCCUUCCGCAUCCGCGGAAAAACCUCAGGCGGGGGGCUGCCCUUCCUCCCCGCGCUCACUGUCCCCGAGUCGGACCCCGCCUCCGCCGAUCACGGCCCGCUCUCCUGCUCCGCUCUCCCCUCCGCAGCCCCAACUGCCCCCAGCGGAAGCAUCGGUCCCCCGCUCACGCCCUCCCGUCGCUUUUCCAAAUGGUUCUCGUUUAAAGCGGCGGAUAAGGCGCAGGCUUCUAGCGGGGAUAGCAAUGUGGCUGCUGCCAAGUCUUCCGCGCAGUUUCUGUCUGGAAAGACUGCAAUUGGCGGAUUCUCCUCCGCUGCUGUCUCUGACUCGAGUGAGGUUGUGUCUCUGAGUGUGGCCGAACCCAUUGCGGAGUGCGAGAGCGAGGAAGGGAGGGGAAGCACGGAAGGGCGGAACAUUCCGCCCCAGCUGCACACCAUACCCAACCCCAUUCGCCUUGUCCCCGCGCCGGCGAAGCCCACCAAGGCGCAAAUAAAAGCGGAGCUUCAGAACAUGGCCAACGCCAUUACGCAGAAGUUUCCGCAAUACGCGAAAUACGCCAAGGACAUCAACAAGUACAUUGGCCUCGCACUGAAUUCCAAAUACGAUUUCACAGCGCUCAGCGACGCAACCCUGCUCCUCCCCAGCGACACGGAGGCGGAGGCCCUCGCUAAGAAGGUCCCCGUUAACAAAGCCAACAUUCCCAGAAUCUACAACAUCACGGCGUACCACAUUAUUCGCAAGAAGUACACCGUUCCCGCGCUCAAGGUCCUCAAGAAGUCGCAGCCGCUCGGCACGCAGCUGAAGCAGGCGAUGUACAAGGUUUCGCAGCAGAAUGGUAACACGAUUUCUUUCGCCAAGACGCCCAACGCCCCCCCUGCCGCCUGGACCACGAUCAAGAUCGUCCGGCUGUACGCUGGACCGUACUUCAUUGCUCACGGCGUGGAUAAAGUUCUGAUUCCCACGAACACCAAGGUGUAA